AUGCCGAUUGAAGUUAUUGUUGCGGGCUUACCUCGUUCUGGUACGCUUUCCAUGCACAAUGCACUCGAACUAUUGGGUUAUCACAAAACGAUACAUACGCUUGCUCACAGAACCACUACGGAACAAAUGGAAGCUUGGAGAGAAAUUUAUGAGAAACAUCUGGAGAAAACAUGGACUAAUGAUGAUUGGCGAAAAAUGAUUGACACGUUAUAUCCAGAUUUUGUUGGAACUGCUGAUGCUCCUUCUUGUGAUUUUGCUAUUGAACUUUCCAGAGCUUAUCCUGAGGCAAAGGUUAUUUUACUCUAUCGAGACCCUGACAAGUGGUACAAAUCGCACCAACACCUUCGAGCUCAAUUUAAUUUAUCCUAUUGGGAACUAUUCUUAAUUCUUCAAGAAAAGAGAGCUCGAUCGCUCGUUCAUAUGGCACGUGCUGAAUAUGCAUGGUGGGAAGAAGUGUACGACUAUUCUAGAAGGGGCAAAGAUGUUAUGCCAUUCUAUAUGAAUAAAAUCAGGACAAAUAUUGAUGCGAAACGAAUUUUAGAAUUCAAAGUACAAGAUGGCUGGGAACCAUUGUGCAAGUUUUUGGGCAAAGAAAUUCCAAAAGAAGAUUUUCCUCACAGUAACGAUGCUCAAGCAUUAAGUGAAGAGCGUAAUCAAAUAAAGAACGAGACUUUAACUGUGUUAAUGCAACGGUUCAAGGAAGCAUUGAUAACAAUUAGCAUAUUGACAGUCGUAGGUUCAAUUUAUUGGCGAGGACUCUUCGAUUGGAGCUAG